UAUAUCAUUCGCGACGGUAGUUUAAAACAUGUAAUAUACGAAAAUACGACAAUGUGGAUUCAUGUUGUGAUUGUGGCUACAAUAAUUAUACGUGUACAUACCGUGUCGUACUGGAUACCGCAUUCUACCUCUAUGUUUGAUUACUUAGACUCUUAUGAAGAUUACGAAGAUUUUGAUUAUGACUAUGCAAGUGCACCUGAAUCCAACGAAACACCAGUGAAUAUUCCAACACCUAACAAUUAUAAUAAUACAUUUAACCAUUCGUCUUCUGUAAAUAUUACUGAACCUUAUUUAAACCAGAAUAAUGAAACAGACACAAAAAAUAAUGAGCCUGUCAAAUUAUAUAACAACAAUACACUACAUAGUGAUGCUGGCUCACGAGUAAAUAAUACUGUAUUACAGAACAAUAAUACUGACUCACCAGUAAAUAAUUUAGGAACACAGAACAAUAAUACUGACCCACAAGUAAAUCAUUCAGGAACACAGCACAAUAAAACUGGCUCACGGGUAAAUAAUUCAGGAGCACUGAGCAAUAAUACUGACUUACGAGUAAAUAAUUCUGGAACACAAGACAAUAAUUCUGAUUCACGAGGAUAUAAUUCAAGAACACUGAACAAUAAUACUGACGUACGAGUAAAUAAUUCUGGAACACAGGACAAUAAUACUGACCCACGAGUAAAUAAUUCUGGAUCACUGAACAAUAAUACUGACCAACGAGUAAAUAAUUCUGGAUCACUGAACAAUAAUACUGACUCACGAGGAUAUAAUUCUGGAACACAGAACAAUAAUACUGACUUACAAGUAAAUAAUUCUGGAUCACAGAACAAUAAUACUGACUCACGAGUAAAUAAUUCUGGAACACAGACCAAUAAUACUGACUCACGAGUUAAUAAUUUUGGAACAAAGAACAAUAAAACAAACUCACAAGGAAAUAAUUCAGAAACAUUGAAUAAUAAAACUGACUUACGACUAAAUAAUUCUGGAACGCUGAAUAAUAAUACUAAAUCACGAGUAAAUACUACUGGCUUACAAAAUAUUAAUUUAAAUUCGCGACUAAAUAACGCCACAAAUUUACCAAAACUCUCUGCAAUGAAUUGGAAGGAAGAGCUUACGUUCCGACAUAAUAAUAGAAAGACUAGUCGUAAAAAAGGACCAAUUCGUUACGAUAAUAUUGUACGCUUGUGCCCCAAUGACACCGUAUGCCCAAGAAAAUGCUGUAAACUAGGAGAGAAUUUUGACAUUCUGAACAAUGUAUGUAGUCCAGCAGAAAGCAGUCAAAAUGAGUUUAUUCCACCUGUAUGGGACGAAUACACUGAACUGAGUAAAUUUGAUGUGAAAAACAAAUUGAAAUUCUCGCCCGGACACCAUUUAUCGUGUUUGAGAAAGUUAAAAGAGGAACAGAAACUUGUGACUGACAUUACCAAAGUAUUUCGACUCAGAUCUGAUGGUAAAUUGGAAGUGGAGAGCCCUUUGGCGAUUGGCCAAGAACUUAUUUAUGAUCCAGGCAAAUACUGCAUUGACAUGUUUAUUAUGUCGCAAAAUAAAACCAAGUUGAACGCUUUCAUUUGCCACGUCCAUACGGAAAUAGAGAAAUACCACUUAACGGUGACCGGUUCUUGUUACUUGGUUACUUGUUUCUUCGUUGUCCUGAGAGUUUCCUUAUUCGCGUGGUUGCCAGAACUUCAAACACUUCACGGUGUGACCAUUAUAGCGUACCUCGGAAAUUUCGUGGUGGGUUACAUGUUGUUGGGAAUUAAGAAACUGUUCAUGUUCAAAAAUAAUAUCAGUCGGAAAAUAUGCGUCGUUUUAAGUGUCAUUACCUACUUCAGCAUUAUGUCUGCAUUCUUCUGGCGUAACAUUAUGUGCUUCGAUAUGUGGAAGACUUUCAGUGGCAAGAACACCAUUUCAAGAAAGAAUCAAAUCUCCCGACCACGUUUAGCUGCAUACUUUGCCUACGCGUUCGGUGUCCCGGCAGGGCUUACUGCUAUACUUAUUGGAAUGGAGUUCUCGGAUAUUUCCAAAUUUCAUCCUCUGAAACCGAAACUUCGAUUAAAUGGCUGCGCCGGCAUGAGUGGCGAUGGCGCGCUAGUCUACCAUUUCACGCCAUUAAUCACCCUAUUCUUCGCCAACAUAGUAAUGUUCACUUCAACGGCCCUGAAAAUAGCAGCGACAACAAAACAGACCAAAAUUUUAUACCAAUCACAGAAUAAUGUAACCAAUGCUAUAAACACUGAAAGACAAAGGUUUUUACUUUACGUGAAACUUUGGGCAGCCAUGUUGAUCCUGGAAGUAAACUGGAUAGUAAGGGCAGUGGUUUAUUUUUUCCCAGAAGUAGAAGUUCUAGUCUUCUUCGUCGACAUAUAUAAUACAACGGUCCUUCUAGGAAUAAUAAUCCAUUACUUCUGUCAAAAAAGAAAUUGGAAAAAAAUUAAAAGGAGAUACCAACAAAUGAGAGGAAUUGCAGUAUCUGAACCGAAUACAGGAACAUCAAUAAACCGUACAACAUCAACCAUAAGCUUAGAGGUGUCACAAACAUCUGUCAAUAACACAGUUACAUCCAACUGUGAUACAAGCCCUCUAUAAUGUAGUAAAUAACCCUUGCUGUGGUAAGACCACACACUCUUUAUUUAUGAAAGAGAUGAACCUAAUAAGUUAACCUUUACAGUCUAUUCGGGCUGUUCUCGGGCGAAGGUUUAAAAGAAUUGUACUAUGUAAGGCUUUCCACAAAAUUAGAAAAUUCUUAUCGUCUGUUUUAUGUAACUUUGGAAGGGUGUAGAAUAGUAACGUAUAGGACAUUAAUUAUCGAUAUUCAUAAUUAUAUACAUCUAUGUAUUCAUUAUCGGACUAAUUGUAUAGCGAGUGACUUGUAACUCGAAGUAUUCCUCUCAGGAGCUUGAGGAGGUGAUAAUAGUAACAGGGCUAAUUUUGUAGAAUAUUCAAAAUUUUGUUCAAAGUCACCUUCCCUAUAAUGAAUACGUUCCCGCACACGCUUCCUUAUCUCUGUGACGGUAACUUUUAAACUGAAUGAGCGUCAUAUUUAUUCAGUCGCUUCAAUUAUUUUUCCGCGAAGAAUUUCAAUAGACGGAAUUAGCGUUGCAAAAUAAGGGACUUCAUGUGCCCACACGUAAAAUCAACUUAGGUAGGAAAUUAGUUGUAUUAUUACCCCCGAAGAAUACUUCGAGUUACAAGUCACUCUAUAUAUGUAUAAAUAAAAAUGUUCAAACAAUUCUGUACGAUACUAAGUGGAUGGCUGACAAUGCACAGUCAAAACUAAAGAAACUAUGAUACUGUAUAUUACAAAGAAUAUACCAUAUAUAAGCGGAACUUUAGAAUCAUUUGAUGGUUGAUUAUAUAGUGCUUAUUAGGAGAUAGAUUUUAUAUUUAACUGCGCGUUUUGCGCGAUGGUUUGGCAACUAGCUGCCGCACAACGUGUCGCGGGUUCGAUUCCCGCUCGGA